AUGAAUUAUUCAACAGCUUCUUUAACUAUUAUAUUUAUUUUCACAAUAAUAUUAUUUAUUUUAUUUGAAUAUAUAACUAGUCAAGAAUGUAUAAAACAAGGGGAUGAUUGCUGUGACAAGAAUAAAUGUACUAAGGGUUGUUGUGAAGGGUUAACAUGCCAAAAUCGUCCAAAAUCUAAUGGCAGCUUCUACUACACAAAUAAAUGCCUUCCAGGUCAAUGUAAUCCAGAAAAUGGAACAUGCAAUAACGAGGAUGAAAUUGGAUGUUGUGGAGGAACAACAUGUGUCCAUCACAUAUGCACUAAAUGUUUGCAUACUGGUAAUUAUUGCAGUAAAUUUAAUAGUCCUAAAACUUUUUGUUGUUUGGGACUUUGCAAAAUAAAUGGAGACAAAUUGAGCUUUACUUGUCAGAAUGAAUAA